AUGACCAUCCCGACGAAUUAUUUGGGCGGCUGGGGCCAGCAGUACCCGGCUCACGGACAGGGCCAACAUGUAUUAUGGGUGCCUCAGGCGGUUCAGCAAACUGUACCGAUGUUCGUUACCCCGAAUGCCCCGCAUCCACAUUGGCCUACCCAUGCCCGCUCAUCGGACCGCAGACGUAGAUCUCCCGCAUGGUCGCCGCCCGCGUCCCUGACUCAUCCCGAGCUUUGCUACGGUCUAGCGACGGAUUCUCUCGUCGUUCAAUGGGACGUCCGCCAUCCUCCAAAUAGUAACAUUCCUCCGAACGACUACAAUCAUCUUGGGCGAUUCCCCGUCAUUCCCCAGAGCCAACCAACACAUAUCCGAUUGAUAUCCAAGAAUUUUCCUUGGACGAUCGACAUCGUGCACAGCAAGAAGAUAUACUUGCCAUCUCCGGAGCCUGUCAGCUGUGCAUAUAUGUGGGAGAAGCUCUAUCAAGCCUUGCAAUCACCACUGGAAGCAGGCGAGUGGGCGCUGAUAUCCGAAGACGAGGAGAAGGCGACGGCCAUCAAGGAGGCCGCAGCGGAACGGGCGACGCGCGAUGGGGACCAACAUAUCAAACGUAUCGAUUAUCUUAGAGGACACACCAUGUUCAGGGGAUUGAAGAAGAACGAGGAGCUCGAACAACGUAUCCUGCUUCCAGGAGAAGAGGUUUGUGCGCAGACGUGGGUUGUGAAAUUUGGACCACGGCCCAAGUAG